CAAUGCGCGCGGUUUGUGGGCUUCGAUCAGUGCAGCCAGGAACUCGAGGCGAUGAACUGCGCCGUGAUGUGCAACCCCGAGAGUGGAAACUAUGUUGUUGCUGAUUCGGAAUGGUCGGGGACCUUCUCUGUAUGCGAUGGCUACGCAUCUUACGUUUACUCCGAAUGCAAAGGCCUACCGA